UUUAAAAACAAAAGAAGUAAAACGGGCUAUGAUUUAUCCCUGUUGGGCCUGUGGGAGUCCAUUCCAUGCUUUGCUCAACAAGAAGUCGAACCCAGUCGUAAAGACCAUCUUAACAUUUUCAUUUCCCAGUGAGAACUGAGAAUAGUCUGAUAUCUGAAUCUGCAGAUCUACAAAAAACUACUUUGAACGGAGCAAUGGCAGCCCCAGAUCACCUCUUCAGUCUUCGAAACAAUUUUUACUUGGGAGCUUACCAGGCUGCCAUCAACAACAGCGACCUCCCCAAUCUCUCCCCCGACGACGCCGUUGAGCGUGACUGCCUCGUCUACCGCUCUUAUAUUGCUCUCGGCAGCUACCAGCUGGUGAUCAAUGAAAUCGACAAUUCGGCUGCCACUCCUCUCCAGGCGGUGAAAUUGCUCGCCUUGUAUCUCUCUAGCCCUGCAAACAAGGAAUCCACAAUUUCAAGCUUGAAAGAGUGGCUGGCGGAUUCAGCCAUUGGAAACAAUGCUAUUUUGAGGCUGAUUGCUGGAACCAUAUUCAUGCAUGAAGAGGACUAUAAUGAGGCCUUAAAACACACAAAUGCUGGAGGAACCAUGGAAUUGCAUGCUUUGAAUGUACAAAUAUUCCUUAAGAUGCACAGGUCAGAUUAUGCAGAGAAGCAGCUGAGGUACAUGCAGCAGAUUGACGAGGACCACACACUAACUCAACUUGCAAAUGCAUGGUUGAAUCUGGCAGUUGGGGGUUCAAAGAUACAGGAAGCAUAUCUCAUCUUCCAAGAUUUCUCAGAGAAGUAUCCAAUGACGAGCUUGAUCUUGAAUGGGAAGGCUGUUUGUUGCAUGCACAUGGGAAACUUUGAUGAAGCUGAAACAUUGUUGCUUGAAGCAUUAAACAAGGAUGCAAAGGAUCCAGAGACUUUGGCUGAUCUGGUAGUAUGCAGUCUUCACCUUGGUAAACCUUCUUCACGUUAUCUCAGUCAAUUGAAACUUUCUCAUCCAGAUCACAUGCUUGUUAAACGUGCAUCGUCUGCUGAAGAGAACUUUGAAAGAGCAGUCCAAUCAGUUGCUUGAUGUGCAGUUGAUUUUCGGUAACUGGGUGGAUGGUGUUGUCUCAUAUUUGUUAAAGCUAUCUUCUCGUUUUUUUUUUUGGUGGGGUGGGGUGGUGUAGCCUACCAGAAUACAAUAUCAUUGGAGCUCAAGUCAUAUUAGUGAUGGCGUUUCCCAAAUAUUUUUGAUAAAAACAAUUGAGAUAUUGUACGUUCUAGUGAUCUCAUUAUGAAUUUUAGUGUUCUUUAAUAUAUUUUAAGGAGAUAUUCUUCCCUUUUGAAUGUAAUUGAAAUGAUGCCUUUUCUCA